AUGGAUUGGCUUCAUUCGUUUCACAAUUGGUCAAAAUUAGUUAAUUCCCAAGACCUAACUACGCAGAUGAAAAAUUAUUUAAAAAAUGAUCCUUUGGAAGAUUCAAAAACGAAAGAUUUUGGUUCAUACGAAAACCAUCUCACAAUUUAUAAUGAUAUAUUAAAAGUGGAAUCUAAUAAUGCAAAAGCAUUAUAUAAGGAAUAUGAGAAAGCAAUAGAAGAGUUUGCAACAUUGAAUGGAUUCAAGCCAAAACUUGUGGUUGAUAAACUCGAACAAGCUGAAGCGUUUUAUAAUCGUGGGCUUUUAUAUCAAAAAUUGGCAUCACAAGUGAAAUCGCAAUCUAAGUAA